UAAUAUUAAAAAAAACAAUCGUUUAAUGAAAUUCAAUUGUCCCUCUUUAGACUUCUUUGCCCGUGAUUAACGUGUGACAACAUUACUUUGUUUACAUGAAUCUCUAUUUAAAUUGUAAAAUUACGUUGCGAUGACAGAGAAUAUUACAAAAAUGUUUAAUCGUGCGAUUAUUCUACUUCAUUGUUAUGUAUCUAUAUUGAAAAGUUCUAAGAAUUAUAUACAUUUAUAAAUCAUUCUGACAGUGUUUGAAUCUAAAAACAUUGAAAAAUGCAAAAUAUUAUGCAAUCUAUAGAAGAAUGCAAUGCCAUUCGAUAUGCAUCCUACAGAGCUGCAGCAAAAAUGCAAAUUUUACACAAAGAGCUUAGUAUGCAAUACGUUCAAUUGGAAUUAAUUGCUGGAAUCUUUGAACGGCACAGACUUUCAAUUACAGAAAAUUGUGUGAAUUUAGAUCCAAGCGAAAUUGAAGAUGUUCUCUCUGAUAUCUAUUUCGCAGCUUGUAAAGAAAAUAAUACUAAUUUUGAUGUUGAUAAUACAACAAAACUUGCACUGAAUUAUAUUUUGACUACAUUUGAUAAACAAUACACUAGGAGUGUUUCAGUAUUUUCUGUGAAAGUUGCUUUAGUACUAAUGAGCUCAGGAAGGUUACAAGAAAAAUAUGGCUAUUUUUAUCAACAAUUAGCUGAUCAUAAUGCAUGCUUAUCUAAAGCUAGCUUGCACACAUUAUUAACAAAUAUUUGUAAAAUAACUGAAAUGCUUGGAGAAAGUGCUGCUUAUGGGUAUCAAAGUAUCCAAUCACAUAUUGAUAACUGUUUUUCAAAGUCUCAAGGAUGCCUUGGAGUCACUGAAUCAGAAUUCGCAGCAUGGAUUAUACAAGAACCUCCUUUACUUAUUUGGAUUACAACAUUUAAUCGUAUGAAGUCUGCAGAGCAUAUUACCCAUAAUGUAAGGUGUUCUUCUUGUAAAGUAACACCCAUUCAAGGACCACGUUAUACGUGUUUAAAAUGCACAGCAUAUCAUCAAUGUCAACAAUGCUUUCUAUAUGGCAAAAUGUCAGGAAAGCAUAAAUUAAAACAUCCAGUUCGUGAGUUUUGCGCGAAGAGUUCAAAUCGAGAAGUAACAAAGUUAAUUAUCGAGUUAAUAAGGAAUAAAUUAAGACUGUGUUCUGCUAGAUCAAUUGAAAUGAAUGUAGAGGAUCAAACACCACAAAUAACAAGUAAUGAAACAAGACACAUUGACAACGAAUCGAUAAGAAGUACAAUAAGAAGACGAGUUUUAAAUGAUCCACAGAAGGAACUACAGAGUAUAAUAACUCACUUAGAAGAGGAAAAUAAACAAUUGCAAAUUGAAUUGCUUGAUAUACGGGGAACUAAAGCAGAGAGACUUCAACGACAUAGAGCUACCAUUGAAUCACAGUUACAACGUUUAAAAUUAUUAAAAAAAUAUUUGUUCGCCGAUAGAACUCACAUGCCUCAUAUAAUUAAUUAUAUGCAGAGUACCCCAAUGGUUCCUCCGUUAUCGUCGCGACUAGCAGCUUUACCCAUAAAUUUUGAAUUAAGUCCAAUUAUUCGCCAGGAAAAUAUAGAACAAACUUCAAAUUCAAACGAUACAGUUACACUGCAAUCAAAUAAUUUUAAUCCAACGCUAUCUGGUGAAUGUAUCACUGAAGAAAGUAAUGAUAUUGGUGCUGAGGAAGCUUCUACUAGCACUAACUUUGUUAAUGCACUAGAACCAACUCAUAUAGAACUGAGUACAUGGAUUGGAGGUACAAAAAGAUCGGAAAUAAAUCCCACUGAUAGUGGUUUUUCCCAAUGGUUAGGUUCCAAUGAUUCUGGAUCAAAAAAAGAAAAAUAUUCAAUGAAAACAGUAACACCAAGUAGUGAAAAUGAAUCACCGUUAAUUAUUUCCGAUUCCCUUAUGGGUAUUUACAGAGAUAAUACACCAUCUUCCCUUCAGCGGCCCGAUAAACAUUCACAACAUAGUAGUUUACAGAACAUUCAGGGAGACUUAAAUGAUAUACUUGAUAGGUUGCAAAAUAUGGUCGCAGACGACUGUUUACUGGAUGAUUCUUAUGUAGCUAGUGAUAAUUGUAAAUUAAAACGUGCUACAACAGAAAUGGAAGAUUUAUUAACGGGACUUAUCCAAGGUAUGGAAUCCCGUAAAAGCAAACUUACUACUAUUGUGUGACAAACUUUUAAAUUACAACCAGUGUUCCAUAAUUCGAAAGUAAAUAUUUAAGAAAUAAAUAUCUCCGUCCGUGAAAUCAUGCAUUUCAAAUGAUACCCAUCUACUGGUAUGAAUGUUAGUAAAAUAUUGAACACUUAGAAGAUAGAAAUAAUAUGCAAUGGCAAAGAUAAAAAUAAUUUUCCUUGUAUUACAAAAGAUGAAAGUAUCAUUAUAUACAAGUUCAUAAUUAAUUUAAAAGUAUUAGUCCUACCUUAAUAAAAAUUUGUGCGUGAAUUUCAUUCUCAUUUUAGUAUACAUAAUAAAAAGAAAAAAAAAAGAAUAUUACUUCUUUCUCAACAAAGUAAACACUGAAUUUGUUAUAUAAAAAAAUAUAUAUAAAUACAAUUCAUCGCUUCGAUGAAUAGACUAGAUUAUAGAAAACAAUGAUCUGUAUGCCAAUGGGAUACACUCACUUACACUAUGUAGAAUAUAUGUGAUAUUACAUGUCUUUUUCAUGUAACAGUGUAUCUGUUAAAUAUGUAAUUUUAAGCAACCGCGAGAAGUGUAAUUUCUCUGAUGGUAGAUUUACCGUCCAUGCCAUCACACG